AUGGCCGAUAUUGCUCCUUGGAAAAUGCGAGCCGAUGGGCUCUGGGCUCGUCCACUAAUCGGGCCUGAGCGAAUGUUUGAUCAAUGGCUAGAACUAGACGGCUGGACUGAAUGGAUGGGCGCUGUCAUUUUCACCGUCGCACCAUCUCUCACACCAAAGGUCGAAUCCAGAGACAAUGUUGAGGCGUGGUUCAACAAAGCGGUUACCCUCAUCUGCAUCCAGAAACCUUCCUUGCUGUCAACAAUUCAGCGUGGCCAACAACACUCCGUGCCUGACAAGUCUCGGGAUUUUAUUUAUACUCCGGUCGAAUCCGACAAUGACUUGGUUGAGAGGAUCGCACAACGGACAACAAUCCUUCACACCAAUAACUCAGCUAAAGAAGGACUCAAGUCACUGACCGACGAGUUCUACUCCAGCCCCGAAAAGCGUAUCAGCAUUGAGCUUGGGUCGCAUCUGAUACAUGUAUCACUCGUCAUGUCAUCAUCCGAACCUGGCACUUUCGCAUUGGCUAUCCGCUGCAACCAUGCACUAAACGACUUCUGGAGCGGUUCUGCAAUCUUGGACAAUAUUCUAUCUAGCCUUUCAAAUGGGUUGGUCGAGGAUCUACCUUUACCUUCGUAUACAUCUGUUUCUACUUCCUCCCUGCAUCCAUGUUACCUGGACAUCCUCCAACAGCCGCUAGGAGAUGCACCAAUGGACCAAGAAGAUCAGGAAAAGGCGAAACAGCUGCUCGGCGCGAACCUCGCAAACAUCACAAUGUGUCCCAUUACAGAGGAGUCUACAAACGAUCUUCCAGGUACCGACUAUGCUGUGCGAAGACAGGUGUACUCAGAGGACUUGACAAAGCGGAUCAUAAAAUUAUGCAAAGCCCGGGGGGUUACGGUCACAGCGCUGUUAACAUCACUGCAAGCCUUUGCACUACUGAAAACGUUUCCGCCGCAGAGUCUACCAUGCUCCGUUGCGUCGCCUAUUUGUGUAAGUAAUCGACUUGAACAAACCUCACUGGCAUAUGGUCAUAACGGGGAUGCUGCUUCGCAAAAGUCAGUCCACCAAAUCUUCAGGGAAGCCGCAGACAUCGGUCCGGUCAUGGCAACGACCUUUCUUGUGUCACCCUUCGAGGUCGGGCCCUUUUUGAAGAAUGAUGAUGUGACAAUCGGCAGUCAGGAAUGGUUCAAGGAUGUCUGGGAGGUGACGAAGAGCGUCAGUCUAGCAACUGAGGAUGCUGUCAAGAGCAACAUAAGUGAGCAUGUAGACUGGACUCAGGGUCCAGCUGCGUUUGGCGGUGUUGCACAUGCCAUGGAAGCGAUGAAAGCUGGCCAUCUCACAUCACCACCCGGUAUGUUUACGCCUCUAUCGUCCCCCGGUUUGCUGGACGGCACGCAUCUUCAGGGGACCUACGGUAAAGACGACCAAGGUUACAGUCCGGCGCUGAAGCUUGACGACUUUUCCUUCUACUCACGUGUGAGCAACCUCUUUGGGCCUCAAACCUGGGCAUGGACAGCGUUGGGAAAGCUCAACACUAUACUGGUCAUGCCUGAUCCCCGUAUACGUUCUGUACCAAACCUUGAAUGGUGGGAUCUCUUUAACGCCUCCAUUGAUAGUAUUGUAAAUGAUAGCUCAGAGUAA